AGACGGUGAUCCAUGCCGUGAAGCCCGAAGUGGCCAUGAUCGAGCUGGACGAAGAGCGUUUGGACCGGAUGCGCCAGGUGCCCGCGGAGCAGCUGACGGAGCCGCCGGAGACCGCGCUGCAGCAAGUGGUCUUCAAAGCUCCGGCACAGCACGAGCACGCGGCGGUGGAGAUCACCACCCAUGCGCAGAGAGCCGUGUGGAACUCCGAAGCGACCGGGCAGCAGAUCACCGGCGAAGUGCUCCACCGAGCAGAGGAUGAAUUCGGCUUGGAGGCCGGGGACUCCUUCCACGGUGGCCAGUUCAUGGCGCUGGUCCGCCGGGGCGGUGCCCAACCGGAGCAGUUUGCGCCUUUCGCACUGAAGGCCCACAACGCGGCCCAGUCCGGAGCCUCCGCCUUGCUCGUGGUGAACUCCGAGGAGAAGCUGCCGGUGGGCCGCAUUGGCGUGGCCACCAUUUGGGGCGAGCUCCGCAUCGCCUGUACCACGGGUAGCUGUAGCUUCCCGAGCGUGCCCGUCCUUUUGCUGAACAAGCAGCAAGGGGAGGAGCUCCUCCAGCUUUGCCGGAGUGGCCGAAGUGUCACUGGCGACUUCACCGUGAAGUCUGACCCCUACCCGCGGCGGUCCUUGCCAAAGAAGCUAUGCCAGGCCUGCGGCCUCUUCUGCUCGGGAAUCGGGGUGAUGUAUGGCAUCAUCCAGUGCUUCGCCGUGGAGGUCGGAGGCGAGUUCUUGGCCGCCGAGCUGGCGGCCAGAGACAUCGGCAUUCGAUGUGUGUGCAUCGAUGUAGACCUGAAUAGGUUUUGGAGCAGAUUAGGCUGGUCCCUUCUGCCAACUCCUUGCAAUCUUCUGAACUCCUUGCUAUCUUGGCUGGCGUUCCCCCGUGUUUUCUUCCAGUUCCUCUUCCCACCCUUCGGGAGCAUCGACACCGUGGGCAGCAUUUUCUUGCACGGCGCUAGCUUCUCCGUGAAGACCUGGUUGGCCUUCCUCCUGGCUGGCGCGUGCGCGAGCUUCAUCACCAACUCAGUGCUGAGAUUAUUCGGCACUGGCGUUGUGGAGGGCGCCACGGACACUGGCUUGAUCGAAUCAGAUGACCGUGAGGAAGCUCAGGCCUAUGUCAUGCUAGCGAUCGAAAUGUACAUGCUGCCGCAGGUCUAUUCUGCGGUGGCCGCGUCGCGAGACGAGGCCAUGUACCACAGCAUGGUACGGAAAUGCCAGGAGUUUGCCGCGAAGCGGCUCGUGGUGGUGGUUGGCGCAGGGCAUGCCAAUGGUAUUCUGCAAUAUGUUCGGGAAGCUUAGCCGGCUAUGUGGUCUACGUCAAGGUUGGGAGGAUGUUCUCCUUGGAUCCAGGAUUUAGAAAUAGAGAUGGUGUUCGACAGCUGGACUAUUAGUAGAAUUUUGCUUUGCAUUUUAGGGGUAGAGCUUUCGUCCGCGGGCCGUGGAGAUUUCGAGAACAAAAAGUUGCAAUGACAAAGGUGCUGGCAAAUAUAAUUGGGUGGAAGAACUGCUACCCUGUCUUUGGCAUGAAGGUUGAUAUAUGUUGCCAUCAUGUAAAGAAGGGAAUGGGUGUUUCGAGUGGCAGAUUUUUCAUGUACAUCGACAUGACACCCCAGAAGCUAGGCCAUCGCAAAGCCUUUCAUCCGAGGAUCCAGACUGAGAAUUGUCGGUCCCUGGGUUUUCGGGUUCGGGUCCACGGAUUCAUUAUGAGAGUCUUUAGGCCAUCCAAUCUAAGAAGUUGAAAGUGCUAUUUUGAUUUUUGUUGGUGUGGUUCCUGCUAAUAGC